CGGGGAAGGGGAAGAAAGCAGGCGUAGCUGCUGAGGCGACCCCACCGCGCGCCGCCCAUUAAGAACAGCCAACGCGCACGCGCUCAACCUCAACCUCAACUGCAGCUCCCCUCCUCUCUUCUCCUUCUCCACCCCAAUAAUAUUCUUCUUCCUCCACCUCCACUCGCCGCCCAGCGAUUCCAACCAAACAACCCACCAUACGCCCGACGAUGAAGGGCUGACUUAUACCUCUGCCGGUUCCGGUGCUUCAGGGGGCGGUCACCGUGCCGUGCCGUGUUGGAGGGGCGCGCAGCCGCGCGCGACCAGCAGCAACAGGGGGACGACGACCCGGCGGAGGGGGCUUUUGACGCAUGCCGCUCUGGGGGACCGCGUCCGGCCCGCCGCCGCCUAUGGCAGAGGGAGGAGGAGGCGCCGAGGGGUCGGCCGGCUCCUCGUCGUCGUCCGGCGCCGCGGCGAUACGCUCGCUGCUGCCCACCAGGCGCCGGCUCAGGCUCGACCCGCCGUCCAAGCUCUACUUCCCAUAUGAGCCCGGCAAGCAGGUUCGGAGCGCGAUUAGGAUCAAGAACGUCAGCAAGUCGCAUGUGGCCUUCAAGUUCCAAACAACAGCACCCAAGAGCUGCUUCAUGAGGCCUCCUGGCGGCAUACUGGCUCCAGGUGAAACUAUCAUAGCAACAGUGUUCAAGUUUGUGGAGCAUCCUGAGAACAACGAGAAACCUUUAGAUCAGAAGUGCAAGGUUAAGUUCAAGAUUGUUAGCCUCAAGGUCAAAGGGCCUGUGGAGUAUGUCCCAGAAUUGUUCGAUGAGCAGAAAGAGCAGGUUGCGGUUGAGCAAAUUCUGCGGGUAGUGUUCUUGGAUGCUGAGCGUCCUAGCGCACAACUGGACCGACUCAAGCGUCAACUUGCUGAAGCUGAAGCCGCCCUCGAGGCACGCAAGAAACCUCCAGAGGACACAAGCCCCCGCAUUGUUGGCGAGGGUCUUGUGAUCGAUGAAUGGAAGGAACGAAGAGAGAGAUAUCUUGCUCGCCAGCAAAUUGAAGGAGUUGAUUCAGUAUAAACAUUUUGAGACUGCAAAGCAUCACUUUGAACGUACAUACCGUUGUAUCGCUGCCACACGUCGUCCUUCCACCCCAUUUGUUCAUGGUUUUCAAGCUAUUGGGAUGUGUCGGCUGGGAACAAGAAUGAGGCUUUGUGUAAUUAGGAUUUGAGCUUCACGCUGCAUUUCUUUCCAGGGUCUCCAUGUAUAUAGUGAGUAAGAGAUUGAUAAUAAUAUCUUCUGUGAUAAAUCAUGUACGUGGUGUUGUAGAUUUAGACAUGGGACUGUGUUCCAUUCCCUAGCUGCUGUUCCUAUCAAUACCAAAUGUAAUUUACCUGAAAACACUCUUCAAAGUGCUUAAUGGGAGUUAUAUCCGUUGUCGUUA